GCUACCUGCGCUUCUCCCCAAACCUCUCUCCCCCUCUCCAGUCCCUCCAGCCUCCACCUGUCUUCUCCGUCUCCCCUCAGCUCCUCUCCUCUGCACACGCGGCUCGAUCCUACUACGCACAUUCCUCUGCUCGAUUGGUCCCAAAGCAUAAUUAACUGUUCAUCGACAUGGCUGGUCAAUCAUGGAAGCCUUUCUUGUGCUGCGUCGGCCGCGGCGUGGUCGACGACGACGACUCCACGCCGAGGCGGCGGCAGAUAACGCGGAGGGGCAAGGACAGCCCGAGGUCCUCGUCGCGGAAGUCGUUCACGAGCCUGAGCUCGUCGGGGACGCUGACACCCGAGGACCUGUCGCUCACGCUGUCCGGGUCCAACCUGCACGCCUUCACGUACGCCGAGCUCCGGGCGGCGACGGGCAACUUCUCCCGCGCCAACUACCUCGGCUGCGGCGGGUUCGGCCCGGUCUACAAGGGCGCCGUCGACGACGACCUUCGGCCGGGGCUGCGCGCGCAGGCGGUCGCCAUCAAGUACCUCGACCUGGAAGGCGGCACGCAGGGCCAUAAGGAGUGGCUGGCCGAGGUGUUUUUCCUCGGGCAACUGAGGCACAAGAACCUGGUGAAAUUGAUCGGCUACUGCUACGAGGCCGAGCACCGGAUGCUGGUGUACGAGUUCAUGAGCUACGGGAGCUUGGAGAACCACCUAUUCAAAAGUGUCAAUGGUGCUCUCCCAUGGAUGACAAGGAUGAAGAUAGCCGUUGGCGCGGCGAAGGGCCUCGCCUUCCUCCACGACGCCGACCCGCCUGUGAUCUACCGCGACUUCAAGGCCUCCAACAUCUUGCUCGACUCGGACUACAGCACCAAGCUAUCCGACUUCGGGCUGGCCAAGGACGGCCCCCAGGGCGACGAGACCCACGUGACGACGCGCGUCAUGGGCACCCACGGGUACGCGGCGCCGGAGUACAUCAUGACGGGGCACCUCACCGCCAAGAGCGACGUGUACAGCUUCGGCGUGGUGCUGCUGGAGCUCCUUGCUGGCCGGCAGUCGGUGGACCGUUCUCGGUGCCCGAGGGAGCAGAGCCUGGUGGAUUGGGCAAGGCCAUACCUGAAGCGGCCUGAAAGGCUGUAUCGAGUAAUGGACCCGGCCCUGGAGUGCCAGUACUCGUGCAAGGGCGCCGAGGUGGCGGCCAUCGUGGCCUACAAGUGUUUGAGCCAGAACCCCAAGUCCAGGCCUACCAUGAGGGAGGUGGUGAAGGCCCUGGAGCCCGUGCUCGGCAUGGACGACUUCUUCCCCGUCGGCCCAUUUGUGUUCACGAUCAGCGUGGAGGAGGACAAGGUGGUGGACAUGAAGGUGGAGGUUGCGGAGAAGCCCCGGCCUCAUCACCAGAGCCAUCAGGACCGGCACCGGCAGAAGUAUCCAAACUCGUCGAUCCACGCCGGCAUUGUGCUCCACAGCCGGGAUGGGGUAGUCGGCGGUUACAGUGCUGCGCUGCGGCGGCACCGGAGGACGUCGAGCUACCACCAGGAGAGGGGGGCAUAAGAGCACGAGAGGGAAGCUAGUAGGAGACGAAAAGAGUAUGUGUGUACAUAUUGUAGAGAUGUGACACAAUGUCACAUUGGUUUGGUCCACUUCUGAGAUUGCGAUUCUUUGUUUUCGUCUUGAUAGUGAUAGUGGAUGUUAGUUGUUAGGUAAUACAGGUAUGCAAAAUAGUGUGAUGAAAAGUCCGGCUUGGACUUGCAAGGUUUGUUGCACAAAGAUGUUAUAUAAAUGGAAAUGGUUUGGUAAAAUGGUUACCCAA